AUGGCAGCCUCUGGUGGCAUGGCCGACAUCCAACGUCGUGCAGCCGAAGACCCAGUGGCCGGCUACCGCGCCUUCGACUCGUACCCCUGGCAGAAAGACUGGGGGUUCAUGACACAACUUGCAACUGCGCUGGAAAACAUCACACCCAAUGGGUCAAAUCUGUCAGAUGUGGCUCUAGAAGUUCGAAUCUUUUGGUUUGAACAGAAGACCAAAAUCACGAUCGACGGGGAGCAAUACAAGCAAUGGCUUGGACAGAACAGCCAGCAGCCGCUGAACAUUGUCGCGGAACAGGCGAUUGUAGCUGAGGCGAUGGCAGUGCCACCAGCAGACAGGAAACUCGCCCAUCUCCUGGUAGAACUCGGCAACCCCCUAGGCCAACUCGCCCUGCAACAAAACAUCCCCAACACAGCCGCUUCCCCUCCCUCAACAUCACCCCCAGACCCCUCAGUCCCCAGCUGGCAGAGCGCUGCCCCAAAAUCAGACCUCUACGUCCAGAAGGACAGCACCAACCCCUCGGAUCCCGGCAAGGAGCCUUAUCCCAAGAAAUUUGAGGAGAUCAUCGAGUUCCUGCAGACGGGCAAGGAGAUUCCGGGCAUCCGCAAGAUCCCCGAUACAGUGGUUGAGGACCCAUCCAUUUCGACGCAGGGCCGGCUUGCGGCGCCGCUGAAGCCGUGGGAGAGGCGGGCGCGGAUGGGGAUGGGGAUGGGGGGCGGUUCUUCCGUGUUGACUGCUGAGAGUGGUAGUGGCAAUGCCUAG